AACCAUCAAUAUACAACAAUGUCUGGAACUGCAUCAUUUGCCAUUCUGGCUCUUUGUUUUAUUUCUAGCCAGAUAGUAUCAGCUUACAAUCCAGUAGCCUUCCACGCUAACAGAGGGUCACCAAUGAGAGUUAUAAAAGGCAAUCAAAACAAGGCACAUAUUGUGAUAUACGAUGAUGUGAAAACGAACGUGGGCCUUGCGUACAACUCCGCCGACGGCACAUUUAAAUGUCAUGAAGACGGACUAUAUUCAUUUAGUUGGACAUCUGACGUACCAAAAGGUAAACAGUUUGACACAGUAUUCUUAUUGAAACAUAAAAGUAGUCAGCAUGGUGCAAAAAUAACCGGGAAUAGAGCAAGUGCUAUUGGAGUCAGUGAUUCCGUACAGUCCACCAAAAACGUAGUCGUUGACAUGAAGAAGGGUGAUACUGCAUUUAUAAAAACAAUUCCUAAUGCUGCAAAUGUUCUCCAUGGUGAUUUGAACUCAUUCUCGUCCUUCUCAGGGUUUAAGAUUCUUUAAAUAGAAGGAGAACGAAAAACAGUGGUCUGAAAUAAAAUCAAAAUAUUUUCA